AUGCUGUUCGACGACGCGAACCAGGUGGAGGUGCGCUAUGUCAUCUCUCUCGCCCACCACGAUGUCUCCAUCCACGGCGGAGAGAACGAGAUCCCCGAGGGCGAGCUGUGGUUGAAGCGAAACGCCAUUUGCCUGUCGCGGCGGCUGGAGUCCCUGGCGGACCUGGGCGGUCCCACCCCGCCGUUCUUCCUCUUCUCCGAGAAUCUGUCCGAGAAGGAGGACUUUUACUUCGCCAUGCUUCAGAAUCAGGCCAAGAUGUGGGAUGCCCUUGACGCUCCGCCCCAGCUGCAACCGUUCGACGUCAAGCACAUCGUGACGCUCGUCCAGCGCCUGCACUCGUCCGAGGAGCAGCUGCAGACCCGGUGGAUCAACGCCGUCCUGGGACGCCUGUUCCUGGCCCUGUACCGCACCCCCGAGAUGGAGGAGUUCAUCCGCCAGAAGAUCACCAAGAAGAUUUCCCGCGUCAACAAACCCACCUUCGUUAGCAAGAUUGCCUUGCAGCGCAUCGACAUGGGCGAGGGCGCCCCCUUCAUCAUCAACCCGCGCCUCAAGGACCUGACCGUCGACGGGAACUGCUGCGUCGAGACCGACGUGCAGUACGCCGGCAACUUCCGCGUUGAGAUCGCGGCCACCGUGCGCAUCGACCUGGGCCAGCGUUUCAAGGCCCGCGAGGUCGACAUCGUCUUGGCCGUCGUGCUGAAGAAGCUCGAAGGCCACCUGCUGAUCCGCUUCAAACCGCCCCCCAGCAACCGCGCCUGGCUCUCCUUCGAAUCCAUGCCCGACAUGGACAUGGACAUCGAACCCAUCGUCAGCUCCAAGCAAAUCACCUACGGCAUCAUCCUGCGGAACAUCGAGAGUCGCAUCCGCGAAGUCGUGGCCGAGAGCCUGGUCCAGCCGUUCUGGGACGACAUCCCCUUCCUCGACACCCUCUCCCAGCGAUUCCGCGGCGGUAUCUGGAAACGCGACAUCCCCCAACCCGACGGCGCGGCCGACGACAUCCCCGACGAGUCUGGCGGGGCACCAUCCACCCCCGGGGGCACCACGACCCGCCAUGGCUCGGAGUCGAUCGACGUUCUCAAGGCCCACGACGAGCGGACCCGGAGUGCACCCGCGCUGUCGGAUUCUCUGCCGCUGUCGCCCCCCUCCCGUAAGGGCUCUGCAGACGCAGCGGCAGAGCCGGACAGCGGCCCCACGAGCGCCGUGUCGCCCGCCGCUCCAAACUCCCUCCCAGGGUCGCCCCCGCGGGCCCUCCGGUCGCAGACUUUUGCCAACGCGGCGGGCCCCGUGCUGACGGCCGACCAUGGGCAGCGGGAUAAGGCCGGGUCGGAUGUCCCGAGCGAGGAGCGGCCGAGCGCUACUAGCGCCAUGAUCGAGAUCACCGCCCGUUCGCCGCCCGAGUCCCCCGCGGAAGGCCCCGGAGCAUCGUCGAACGGCCGGCCCCCGAGCCGCGAUCCGUCCUUCGUCGAGUCGAUUGAGAGCGGAGGGGCGCCAGACCACCACAACCACGGGCCCCAAGAUGCUGGAUCGUCGUCGCGACCGGCCUCGCGCGACGACCGGCCUGGCGAUGCGGGAGCCACCACCCCAUUGCAGGGCCCGGCGAGCCGUUCCACCGCCUCGCUCGCCAGCACCGGGACGGCCAAACGGCGCACCACGCUCGAGACCCUGACGCGGACUCUCACGCCGGAGACCAAUCGGUCCCAGGCCUCCAUCACGCUCGGCAACGCGACGUCCGCCGCCAAGAAAUGGGGGUUGACCAUGUUUGGCAAGGGCGAGUCCCGCCCCGGAACGGAGCCAUCGCGACCCGCGGGGACGCCCGACGAACCGAUCGGCCGCGGGCAUCCCCUGCCGCCGCCGGGCACCCCCCUGCCCACGCCCGCCAAGUUUGGCUUCCGGCGCGGGUCGAGUGCGGUCUCCGUCCCGCGACGCAAACCGGUCGGGCCGCCGGAGGAGCACCACGGACUGCCCCGGCGCAAGCCAGUCGACGGUCGCGCGGACGGGGAGUCGCACCGACAGGAGGAGCUGCUGGUGGUGGAGGCCCCGCCGGAUUCGGAUCCGAAUAGUCCAGUGGUGGACCUGGCUCCUGACGACGACGACAAUGACGCGGGUCUGCCUGCGCCCGCCGUGCAGCCGCCAGUCGCCCGGUCGCAAUCGGAUCGGAGCACGACGGCGUCGAGUACCCCCGAUACCCCGACUGAGGGGGACCAGAGCCCCAGCGGGUCCGAAACGGACUCGACGGAGGCUCGCGCCGAGCGGGAAAAGCAUGGAAUGGAGAUUCUGUCGGCGACGGAUGGGAUCAUUCCUGGCUAG